CGCCCUCGCCCUGGUCUGCUGCCAAUGAUUUCAAUAAAAUCAUCAGGGCAGAGUAUACCGACAUGAUUUACUCCAAGAUGGCCGUGGAGGCAAUUAAUUUGUGGAAAACUGACCCAGACCUUCAGGGACUAUACAACGAGUGUGGCCGUGUACUGGUUACUCCCAAGGAGCACGCUGGGCGGAAGAAGUUUGAGGAGCAGGGUAUCCAGAAUCUGCGUGCGCUGGGCGAGGGACAGCGGGUGGAGUAUUUGAGAGGAAGUAAAUCUCUAGCCGAGAAACACCCGCAAUUUCUGCACAACCGACUGGGCGACGAGCAAGAGUUCAAGUUCAACCCGGAGUCCGGGCUAGGCCACGCCAGCAACUCGCUCAAGGCCCUAUAUCGCCGGUGUCGGGAGCUGGGCGUGGAGUUCACGUUUGGAGCGGAGGGUUAUUUUUCUGGGCUUCAAGAGCAGCACGGCAAGACGUAUGUGAAAACAGCUGCCGGAACGUUGUACACGGCCGACCAGAUUUUGAUCUGCUGCGGAGCCAACACCGGCACGGCCGUCGACCUGAACGGACAGCAGUCGGCCACCAGUCUGUACGUUGCGCACAUCCAGCUGACGCCCGAGGAAUAUGCCAAAUACAAGGAGAUUCCGAUCAUUUUCGACUCCGACAUGGGCUACUUCUUCCCCCCAGACCCGGAGACACGGAUCAUCAAGGUGGCCCUGCCAGGAGCCGGGGCGUCGCAUCUGGUGGCCAAUCCGCACGACAAGGACAAGAAACUGUCUCUACCGCGGUACAAGAACGAAAAUCCGCGAGACACGAUGCCAAAACACUGCUACGGCGAGCUCAAGGCGCUGCUCAACAAGUAUUGUCCGGAGCUGGCAUACCACGAGCCGUUCAACGCAAAGGCGUGCUGGGUGGGCGACACGGGGGACUCGCACUUUAUUAUUGACCGCGUGCCGGGUCAUAAUAAUACGUUCGUUGCUACAGGCGACUCGGGCCACGGGUACAAGUUUUUGCCAAACAUCGGGAAGUAUAUUGUUGCGCGGAUGGAGAACACGUUAGAGCCAGAGUAUGCGGAGAGCUGGAAAUGGCGCACUGGGACGUCGUUCGAUCCGCUCGCGAUGGACUGGCGUGUUGCGAAGGAGUUUCCGGACUUUGGAGAUAUCGACUGGUGGGUGGAGCCAAAGAUGAAGUUAUAGCGGAAUUAUUUAUGUAGAGAGCGGUUAGAAUCUAGUUUUUCCCAGAACUCGUCUUCGUCGCUGAUGUUCCAGUGGUUUUCUGUGUUGGAGCUAAA